CACUUUUCACUGAAAAGGACCUAAAACGGGGUCAAGAGUCCAAACUCACGAAUUAUUUUUGAGAAGUGAAGAACCUCUUUGGCUCUUUACUCUUUCUUUUGAAAAGAAUGGAACUUCACCGGAAGGAUUGACAAGGCUACGGAGAUGGAGUAGGUAGUAGUAGGGUUUCUCUCUCUCUCUCUAUGCCUCUGAGGUCCUUGUGUUUAUCUUUCGUUUCGGUAGAAGAUAACGUUGCAAGAGAAUUCCGAAGUGGGUUCUUGAUCAUUUUCGUCUUACGCAAUCGGUUGAAGAUGGUGGACUUUUCGCGGGUACAGAAAGAAUUGGUGGAUUGCAACAGGGACACAGCUAUCUCUGGGGUCAGCAUAAUGCUCCUUGGAAACGAUCUCUCUCAUCUCUCAGGAACCAUCACCGGCCCCGUUGCCACUCCUUAUGAAGGCGGUACUUUUAAAAUCGAUAUCAGAUUGCCCGAUGGGUAUCCUUUCGAGCCUCCAAAGAUGCAAUUUAUGACAAAAGUUUGGCACCCAAAUAUCAGCAGUCAAAAUGGAGCAAUCUGCUUGGAUAUCUUAAAGGAUCAAUGGAGCCCAGCCCUCACACUAAAAACAGCACUUCUUUCUUUGCAAGCACUGCUUUCUGCCCCUGAACCUGAUGAUCCUCAAGAUGCUGUGGUAGCCCAGCAGUAUCUUCGAGAUUAUCCAACCUUUGUUGGGACAGCACGCUAUUGGACUGAAACUUUUGCCAAGAGGUCAUCCAUUGGAACUGAAGAAAAGAUACAGAAGCUUGUGGAGAUGGGUUUCCCUGAAGGUCUAGUGAGGACAACUUUAGAAGUUGUUGGUGGUGACGAAAACAUGGCUCUUGAGAAACUUUGUUCUGGCUAAAGUGGUCUUGCAGUGGCAUCCAUCUUUACUCGUGUCAAUUUCUAUAUUUCCUUGAGAACCUGGAAUUCGGAAGAAUUUCGAUUUGGAUAUUUACAUACUCAAUAGAAGCCCCCUAUCAUUACUCUUACCGAUCUUUUGUUUCUGAUUACAUCUCCCUUUGCCUCCGUGGCCGUCCUCUGGACUCUGGAGUCACCACAUCCAUAUUGUCGUAAUCUAAUUAACAAGCCAUUUCUGCACAGAACAGUACUGUUAAUGGAGCUUAAACAAAAGACAAGGAAAAAUAUAUUUAGAUAGUGUA